UCCCAAUUCCUCUUCCUACCACAGUCAUUUGAAACGUAGGAACUUGAAUUGUGGAACAGAGGUACAAGUACAUUCUUAUUCUUCUGAGCAAUUGUCGCUCUGUUUGUGUGAAAAGAGGGUAGAAACUUCUGGUUCACGUGUUUAGCGUGGAUUUACCAUUAACUUCUAAAUAUUUGGCUACCUUUUAUUGUUGUUCUUGAAAAAUGGCCGAUGAUGAAUUUGAACCUGAUGAUGUUGGUGAAGACUUUGACGAGGUAGAGGAUGAUGCGGACAUUGAUGAAAUUGAUCAACAAGAGGAGGAUGGUGAAAACAUUGAACUUUUAAAUGCACAAGAUGCCAGAGGAGGUGUACAGAAAUCGAACAGGAUAACAUCAAAAUAUAUGACAAAGUAUGAACGAGCCCGAGUGUUGGGGACGCGUGCCUUGCAGAUUGCCAUGUGUGCUCCUGUCAUGGUGGAGCUUGAGGGAGAAACUGAUCCCCUCCAGAUCGCGAUGAAGGAGCUCAAACAGCGCAAGAUCCCCAUCAUCAUCCGCAGGUAUCUCCCAGACAACAGCUUUGAGGACUGGGGCAUAGACGAGUUGAUCAUCAUUGACCAUUAGAAUAGCCAAUUUUGUUAUUUUUACAGAACAUAUUUUUAAUGUAUCUUAUUUAUUUAUAAUAAAGUAUUAUUUGAAAUUU